AGUCCAGUCCGUGGAGUGGGUGAUGUGAACAGAUCCAGAUCCCGAUCAGAUCGUCUUUGAGCUGCAGGAUCUUCCGUGCCUGUUGGUGCUAAGGUUUGAUGACCAACUUCUGAAAAGUCGAUCAGUGAAGUCUACUCCUUACCAGCGUGACCAAAGAGAUCAUGGCUAUCCACUCACUCUCCUGUCAUCUCCUGCUUCUUCUCCUCAUGUCCUCUCUGGAUGGGCUCAUCAAGCCGGGUUCUGCAUUUAUCCAUGACUGGGACCAAAGGGCGUCAUCAGUCACUCUUGAGCCUCACAUCACUGGCUGCUUGUCCAGGGACCAGGAGACGUUCCGCUGUUGGUGGAGUCCUGGCAACUUUCAGAACUUGUCCUCUUCUGGAGCACUCAGAUUCUUCUACCUUAAGAAAGAGUCUCCAAACAGCCAGUGUCCACACUACAUCUAUUCCAACAGAGAGUGUUUCUUCAACAUGACCUACACAUCUGUCUGGAUCACCUACUGCAUGCAGCUGCGCGGUGAAAACAACGUCACCUUUUACAACGAGAAUGAUUGUUUCAGUGUGGAAGAUAUAGUGCGUCCCGACCCUCCAGUGAAUCUAAACUGGACAGUCCUCAGCAUAAGUCCCUCUGGGGUGAGUUUUGACGUCAGGGUCAAAUGGGAGCCCCCGCCUUCGGCAGACAUGGCGACAGGCUGGAUACGCGUUCAUUACGAAUUGCAGUACAGAGAGAGAAAUACAACAAAGUGGGAAGCACUGGAGAUGCAACCACAACAUCAGCAGACAAUCUUUGGUCUACACAUAGGAAAGAAGUACGAGGUUCAUAUCCGCUGCAGGAUGAUAGGUUUUAAAAAGUUUGGAGAAUUCAGUGACUCCAUCUUCAUUGAAGUCAGUGAGGUUGAAAGCACAGAGACUACAUUCUCUUUUACUAUUGUGGUUGUUUUUGGAAUUGUGGGAAUCCUGAUUCUCGUCAUGCUGAUUAUCGUCUCCCAGCAGCACAGAUUCAUGAAGAUUCUGUUGCCACCAGUUCCUGCACCGAAAAUUAAGGGCAUCAAUGCAGAGAUGUUGAAGAAAGGGAAGUUGGAAGAGUUGAAUUUGAUCCUCAGCGGUGGAGGAAUGGGCGGCUUGCCUCCAUUUGCAGCAGAUUUCUACCAAGAUGAGCCAUGGGUGGAGUUCAUUGAGGUGGAUGCUGAGGACACUGAUUCAGGGGAGAAGGAAGACCAUCAGGGCUUGGACACACAGAGGCUCCUUGGUCUGCCCCAACCUAUCAACCAGCCCAUGAACAUAGGCUGUGCCAACACCAUCAGCUUCCCUGAUGAUGACUCAGGCCGGGCAAGUUGUUACGACCCAGAUCUUCUCGACCAAGACACCCCAGUCCUCGUGACCACCUUGCUCCCUGGCCAACCGGAGAAUGGAGAAGCCUUACUCGACGUCGUGGGAGGAACCUCAACACCAGAGAGGAGUGAAAGACCUCUUGUCCAAAUCCAAACGACAGGGCCUCAGACCUGGGUCAACACAGACUUCUACGCCCAGGUCAGCAAUGUUAUGCCCUCUGGGGGUGUGGUGCUGUCUCCUGGCCAGCAGCUCAGAACCCAAGAGAGCACAUCUUCUACAGAGCAAGAAGAAACACAGAAAAGGGAAAAAGACAGUGAAGGCGAGGAGAAGAAGGAACAGCAGUUUGAGCUGGUGGUUGUGGAUCCUGAGGGACACGGCAACGCCACGGAGAGCAUCGCCCAGCAAGCUCUGACCACCCCUGUCUCCCCCAUUCCCGGUGAGGGCUACCAAACCAUACAGCCUCAACAGGUGGAGACCAGACAAGCAGCUGCUUCUGAGGAUAAUCAGUCACCUUACGUUGGUCCCGAGUUCCCAAUGGCUCAGUUCAGUGUUCCAGUUUCAGACUACACAAUAGUACAGGAGGUGGACACGCAGCACAGUCUGCUUCUACACCCUCCUCCUCACCAGUCUCCACCACCCUGUCUGCCACAACCACCCCCCAAGUCCCUAUCUGGUAUGCCUGUGGGUUAUAUCACCCCAGACCUACUGGGAAAUCUCUCACCAUGAAAUUUGCCACACAUUUGUACUGGACCUUCAGGGGUUGAGUCCUAUAAUCUGGCAAAAGCCUGUUCCUUCUUAAUUCCUUCCAUCAAACCAUUAAACUUGUAGCACACAGUGUGGUUGGGUGAGGCACAGGUGGAUGUGUUGUCAGAGGGCGACAGAAAAAAAAGGGAGACAUAAAAAUAUACAGCUGACUCCUGCACAUGCUCUUCGUCAACAGUGUCACCAUUAGGCUGCGGAUGGUAAACAUAAUAAACAAAAGAUAAUUUCUUUGCUGGCAUCAGCUCACCACUAA